AUGGUGAGAGCGUGCUUCACUGAUUGUACAGACGCUGAACAUACUCUUCAGCUGUCGAUGCAACGUAUCAAAAAGGAAUAUGAGAAGGACAAAGCAAAAGCGGAGAAAGAGUUCGAAGAGCGGUUGAGCGAACUCAUGGAAACAAUGCUACAGGAAUGUGAGGAAGAGCGCAGGAAAGCCGAGCUCGAGAGUCACAAUUCGGACAUUGCCAGCACGCCAGUUGCUGAUUAUCCGAACAAAAAGAGUCUCCGGAGGUGCACCAGUUUCUUUUUGCCGAAAUUGCUGGGCACUUGGGCUUCCUGUUAG